AUGAGUUCCAGACUAUGGGCGGUGAACGCAACCAAAAAGAAGAAGAACGAGCUCGUUCCAGGGUCACUGCGAUGGAUCACGAACGAGAUGUCGCUCCAAUAUGACAGUGCCCUCACCAACUGUGAGGACCAUUUUCAAGAUUGUAGUUCUCGGUAUGAUAGCCUCUCCAGCUUUGUACAGAAAGUUCUAGACAUCACCAAUAGCACAGAAGAUCACACAGAAGACCUAUCGCUAUUGUUGGCUGUGCUGAACCCUACCGUUUUCUCACCAGAGUUUUCAAAAUCAACUACUUUUGUGCAGCCUACAGAGCCAGAAGAUAUGUACUCAUCUAACCAUAAGGAUUCUACUCCCAAUAUUCGAACUGCCAAUUCUAACGAUAUCACCAUACCCGUCAAGCCUGAAAACAUCAAAGAGGAUACUGUCAUAUCCGAAUCACGUAAUUCUCUAAAGCAAGCGAUCAUCGCACAAUCUUCACCAAUACGACAUCGUACUUCUCAGUAUAGACAAACUCCAGUGAAACCCAGAAUAAACCAACCACCACGACUAAUGCACGCGUCGCCAAAUCAAAUUGAUAUAUCCCCACCUCAUUCGAAUUCCAGUAUGGAUCGAAUUGAUACUGGUCGCAAAUCGCUCAGCUCUUCGUCUCCUCCAAAAGUUGUACAGCAAUCUCUCCCUUCUGUCGAAACACAUCAAACGGAACAUACAUCUACCGCCAGAAACACACUGUUAAUAAAUGGCAUAGAUGAUUCAUUUCAGGCUAUCAGCACAGCUAUCAGAAAGUCAAUAGCGGGAAAAUCUGCACUUACGAUAUCAUCGAGCACUCCUGCAAAAGCUAAGAAAAGUGGAGUAUACGAAGAAUUUGAGACAAAAAUUAAUCUACAACCUGAAGAAGCCAAUAGAAGCUCAACUAUUCAUUCAACUGCACUGAGCAAUGAAAACACAAGGAAGAUAUCGGCUUCUAUGAGAAGUUCCAUCUUUGUUGGACUUCCUACAAGAGAGCCUAUUACAGUCAAUACUAAAUCUAGUAAGCAUUCCUCCAUCAAAAGUAGAUCACUGAGACUAUUUGAAAGACUAGAUAUUGCUUCCAGAAGAGAUACAUCCUCAGAAAUUGCUAUUGACAAUAAGGUUGCGAACAAGGGCGAAGAUAAAGCAGAUAAAGAACAUGACGUUGAUGCUAAUUUUGAUAUGUCUCCUGUAGCAAUCCCCAAGCGAGCGUUUGCAAAUUUCAAUAGCAUCAAAAGUCAAGUGGAUAUGAAAAAUAAUGGUACGACUAACCUCAAUUCAGUCCCCGAUCUAAGCAACACCACCUCAAAAAGCAAUUUACUUCCAGACAAGCCAGUAAAAAUUCCCAACAAAGAACACACCAUCCCAAGCAGAGCAGAAACUGAAGAAAAUAUCAUCAGCGAAAUCGGCGUCCCUUCUACAAAAGCUCCGAGAGAGCCAGAAGAUGUCAAGUCAACUUCUGCAACAGUAAGAAAGACAUUGCUUUCUGAACUGCCAUCGAUCAGACCAUUUAAUUCGUCAACAAAUGGAAGUAGGUCUCCUACCCGAAGUUACCUUUCAUUUAAGUACAAGGGCAGUCCCAGAGAACCUACUACCAGAUCUCGUAGCCGAUCUCCUACACGUAGUGUUGGACCGUUAUCCAAGAAGUCAUCUCCAAUACUGAAAAUUCACGAUACAACUGGCUAUGAUGUUCCUGAAAAUGACGAAAAGGGGUUAAUCUCUCGUCUAACCAUUCCGACAAGUUCAAGUGCAGCAAAGAGAAAGACACCGACAUCUUCAAAAAGAGAAACAGAGAGCAGAAAAUCUGAAGGCAGGAAGACUGAUUUAAUGAAUACAAAGAAUAGAUUUUUGACUACUACAUUGAACUCCAACAAUCCCCAAUUUAGUCUCAAAAGACCACAGUUUCAAGGAAAUCAAUCAGUCGCCGCCAAGCCGUUGCACUCCCCAACUAGAAGACGAAACCCAGCAAUUGAAGAUCUAGAGAUUAAAACUGCACCCAAGUUGGAGCCCGAUGCUAUACCUAUUUUGAAGAAAAAAUCAAUGAUGGCAGAAAGAAGCGAAGCAGCAGCCCAAAAACCGAAGCAGAAAUUCACGAUUUCGAUGAAUCAUACUUCUAAGCACAAGGCGGAAAUAGUGCCCUUUUCGAAUCAGAAGCAACUUGGAGACGUCUUCGCCCGAGAUGAAGACACAAAGGAGAGUCACGACGUCCAUCAAUUUGAAAAAUAUAGCUACAGAAAUAAUGCUGUCGCUUUGCCUGAAGCAGCAAGGGGAGGUUUUGGCAGUGCAAAAAGAAGAAAGACAAACAAGGAAGAUAAAACACCUUCUAGAACCGGUGCUCUUGCAAAGAAACAAUUUCUCGAGAAGAAAGCUACUCAACAUGGAGGAGAUAUUCGAUUCCCAUUCUUCCAGAGCUAG